AUGGCGUUCUACUCAAACUACUCACCGUUUGACUACACCGCCACUUUUACCCCUUUCCCUGCCAAUCCGUAUUAUCAGAAUGGCUCUUACGAGCAGGAGAUGCUUCAAAGGCACAUUGCCAUGAUGAAUCACCAAAUGAUGCCUGGUUCCGGAGGAAAGACUACGGAAUCAAAGCCCAGGCUUGCCAAGGACGAGGUUGACAAGCUUGAAAGAGAGUUCCAAAAGAACAAUAAACCCAACAGCAGCCUGAAGAAGCAGCUUGCUGAGGAGAUGAGGGUGGAUAUUGCCAGGAUCAACAACUGGUUCCAAAACCGAAGAGCAAAGGCAAAGCAGGAGAGACGGGCACAAGAAAAUGAAGCCCGCCGGAAGUCGGAGCAAGAUGCCGAGACGACGACUGCCAGCACCGACACUGUCAAGGAGUAUUAUGCUUCCAACGACCAAGAUGAAGACCUUCGCCCGUCCGCCGCGCCCUUCCCUCCCACCAAAACACCUGUGGAGACGCCGUCCGUUCAGCAGAGCCCGGCUGUCGAAGAGAUCGAGAGCGUCGGUGUAUUGGAAGAUCAGCAACAAUCUUCGACUGAAACGACCGACUCGGAAUAUGCUUCGCCAGACUCGACCAGCUACCAGCCUCAAGAUUUGAACAUCAGCUACUCCUUGGCCGCAGACAACUUCUUCUCGGGCCAGGCAUGCGACUUUUCGUCCUCUUUGCCUUCAGAAGCCAGCACCCAGGCACCCUGCUUGACGCUUUCCAUACCUAGCCAGUUCAUGCCGCAAAUUGCCGACUCUGCGAGCGCCUCGUCACUGUCAUCAUUCCAGCACUUGUCUGCCGAUGUUGAGCACUACUUGACCAGUACUCUGGUGGAUCAAGUCGACAUCAAGCAGGAGCAUAUGCAGACCGAGGAUAUCAACGGCCUUGACCAGUUUUCCCCCGAAUCCAUGGCGCACUCUCCGCCAGAAAUUACUACGCCUGACUUCCGAUUCAAAUCGCCCUCCACGAUCGACAUUGCAAGCCGAAGAAACUCUAAGCGGCCGGCUCAGCUUGUCAGCUGCAUGCGCAGUCAGUCGUACAACUUUUCCGGUCCCAAGACUGGAAUCGAGAUGCCCAGGCGUAUGGAGGCACCAAGUCCCAUGCGCCGCGUUGCAUCGGCCACCGGCAACUUUCCGAGGGGAAUUCAAAAGGCGACCAGCGCCGGCCCACGAUCGCCGCUGUACUUCGACCGCAACCAGGAGAACCUCAUUCUGCAGAUGGCUUCCCACUCACCGAUAUCUCGAGGCUCAGUUGCCCCCCCGACUCCCAAUACGCCAGUCGUACCUACACAGCAGAACAUGCGCGAGACAACUGUCUCGUCUAUGUCGUCUGAGGAGGAAAAGAGCUACAGCGCCCAGACCAGCUUAACCGUGCCUCAGUAUGCAAUGGACCCCACUAUGAGAACGCCGCCAGAUACUCCCGGAUUGAUCACAAACAUGCACGGCUCUCUCUUCCCCACAUACGACUACAACGUCACUGACGACUCUCUCCACACUCCCAGCUUUGGUAACUUUGACGCGGAGUUUCCCAUGCCGACGAACGUGCCUGGCUAUGUCGCCCAGAGCUGCGGAAGCCAGCCUGUGACACCCUCAUUCCCUCCCGGCAACAUGGGGCCGGCUUUCUACUCAUCGUACGGUGGCGGCAAUACUGAGUACAACUGGUCGGAUGCCUCGUCAGUGUCAACCAAGCCCUCGCCCGAGCAAGCAAGAUCAAGGCAGUUUCAGUUCACCAACAUGACGGCGCAAGACUUCCACGGGGAGUAA